AUGAAGAUUUGGAUAUUGUCCCUUCUUGCCGUGGCUUUUGCCAAGCAUGAACAUUAUGCUGGAUGGCGAUCAUAUUUCGUAGCUCCCACUUCUGCUGAACAGCUGGCAGUCUUGGGAUCUCUAGAGAUGAGCUUAGAAGUGGACUUCUUUAUGAGACCACGAUUGGACCGUGAGGGCGUUGUGCUUGUGAAGCCAGACUUUCAGGAGGAAUUCGUUCAGGUUCUAGCAAGAGAAGGGAUUAGUCACAAGAUUCACGCAGAAGACGUGAAAGCGCAGCUUGAUAUAGACGACGAAAUAAUUGAAGCCAGGCAUGCAGAAUUCCGUAGCAGGAGUGAGCCAGAAAAACCAUAUGAUAAUUACGUUCGUUUGAAUGUGAUAUACAACUACAUGGACAGCAUCGCUGCAAAAUACCCCAACAUUGUUAAAAUGGUUACCCCGGGAAAUUCUUUCGAAGGCCGCCCUAUCAAAUAUUUGAAGAUUUCAUCAAGCAAUUUCGAAGACAGAUCUAAAUCUUUGAUUUUUAUUGAAGCUACAAUACACGCGAGAGAGUGGAUUACUCCUCCAGUAGCUACCUAUGCCAUCCACAAACUGGUUGAAGACUUAACUGAUCGUGAACUCCUAGACAAAUUUGACUGGAUUAUAUUACCUGUGUCAAAUCCUGAUGGAUAUGAAUUCUCUCAUACAAAUCAACGUUUCUGGCGUAAGACGAGAUCAAUAGACCAAUCUCAAUCCAGCAGAUUAUGUCCAGGUGUUGACGGUAACCGCAACUAUGACUUCCAUUGGAGAACGGUUGGAACCAGCAAUAACCCAUGUACGGAUAAUUACGGAGGAUCCCGUCCUUUCUCCGAAGUAGAAACCCGAAUUGUUAGAGACAUCAUUCAUGAGUAUUUGGACAGAAUGACUCUAUUUAUCACCCUUCACAGCUUCGGCAGCAUGAUCCUGUAUCCCUGGGGCCACGACGGUAGCUUGUCCCAAAAUGCUCUCGGCUUACAUACUGUUGGUAUUACUAUGGCUGAAGCGAUAUAUGAAAAAAAAUUACCUCAUUUCCCAAGAUAUGCAGUCGGUAAUUCCAGACUUGUUAUCGGAUAUGGUGCAUCCGGUGCUGCUGAAGAUUAUGCUCAUUCUAUCGGAGUUCCAUUGGCUUAUACUUAUGAAUUACCCGGUUUAAGACAAGGGUUCAACCUCGAUCCGAAAUAUGCCAGACAAGUUUCUGAAGAGACUUGGGAAGGUAUUGCAGCGGGUGCUAAAAAGGCUAGAGAAAUUGUACUUACGUCCAAAUAG